GAAGAAAGCCAUAAUGUCCAUUUUGUGAAUACUCAUCAAAUGUGUGUCAUUUAAAUGACCAUAGUAAUACACCCUGGCCAUGCAGAUUAUUCUGAAUUCAAGAUUGGAAAUGUCAAAUUUUACAAAUGCCAUUACUGUGAAUAUUCUUCUCCUGUUUCUACUAAUGUGAAAAAUCAUAUUUUGACGCACACUGGGGAGCGUCCUUUUGCUUGUUCUUAUUGUGACAAGGAUUUUAAUCGGAAACACCACUUGAUAACUCACAUGUUAACUCAUACUGGAAAACGCCCUUUCUCUUGUUCUGUAUGUGGUAAAAGUUUUAGCCAGAAAGCUCAUUUAAAAAGCCACAUGUUAACUCAUAUUGCAAAAUAAUUAUGAAACUGAAGAAAAUGGAAAGGCAAUAAAUAAAUGCCUUAACAUUUUUUCUGUAAUGCUAAUUUUUUACCAGGAUAAAAUUUGACA